AUGCUUGAGUUUCCUCCCCGCACGUUUGUUGGAUGCUGCACAGCCAACAAACGUACAGCCCAUGAAAAUAGCUCAACUCUUAAAGCAAGCCAUGCAAGACUUAUAGACCACCUAAUGCAUGGGUACAACAAGGGGGUGAGACCUGUGCAAGACUGGAGAAAGGCCACAGAUGUGUAUGUAGAUCUCUUCAUAUAUGCCAUUCUGGCAGUGGAGGAGAAGGAGCAGUUAAUUACAACUUACAUCUGGUAUCAUCAGAGCUGGUUUGAUGAGUUUCUUACUUGGGAUCCAGAGGAAUUUGAUAAUGUAACAAAAAUUUCAGUUCCUGUAAGUUGGAUAUGGGUACCAGAUAUAAUGGUCAUGGAACUAGUGGAUGCUGGGAAACUUCCAGAAGACAGUUAUGUCUACAUUGAUUCUACUGGCAAAGUCUAUAACAACAAGCCCUUUCAAAUACAAUCUACCUGCACCUUCGACAUCUAUUAUUUUCCAUUUGAUCGUCAGAACUGCUCCAUAACGUUCACUAGCUGGACUCACACAAGGUUAAAUAUACACUGA